UGUAUCCUGGUGAAAACCAUGGUGGUUCUGGCUGUGUUCAGGGCCUCCAAACCAGGAGGUGAGUCCAGCCUGAAGUGGUUUGGUGCUAUGCAGCAGAGAGGGACAGUUCUGGUUCUGACUUCUGUUCAAGCAGCAAUCUGCACUGUCUGGCUUGUCACCGCUUCACCAGUGCCUCAUAAAAACACCCAGUAUCACAGUGACAAGAUAGUUUAUGAGUGUGUAGUUGGGUCCAAAGUUGGUUUUGCAGUUUUACUUGGUUAUAUUGGUUUACUGGCUGUCCUCAGUUUCUUGUUAGCUUUUCUAGCAAGGAAUCUUCCAGACAGUUUCAAUGAGGCCAAACUCAUCACUUUUAGCAUGCUGAUCUUCUGUGCAGUGUGGGUGGCCUUUGUCCCUGCUUACAUCAGCUCACCAGGCAAAUAUGCAGAUGCAGUGGAGAUAUUUGCUAUCCUGGCCUCCAGUUUUGGCCUCUUGGUGGCGCUGUUUGGACCAAAAUGUUAUAUAAUCCUGUUCAGACCAGAGAAAAACACAAAGAAAGCCAUCAUGGGUCGAGGCAUUGAUGGCUCACAGCCCAGGUCGAUCCUUGUAAAAUUCCUGUGGUUCACCAUUAAGGAAGAAGUGCUUAGUCUGGCGUGGCAGAAGAGAGGUUUUAUGUGGAACAACAACAAGAUAAACCUCGACCACGACUAUCCUCCGGAGAUCAUGGCCAUGGGGAAAGAGUAUGCAGAGGCAUGGAGGAUCCUGAAAGAUAAAGAUCUGCAGUUCCGGACCCUCUACCCAGCACACCUGAAGGUGUCCUACGAAGAAGGGCCUAAAAUCUACAGUACGGUGGAGGAAGCGACAGCAGAUCUGGUGAGCCGAGGGCUCCCGGUUUAA